AUGUUUUCGGCGACUUUGGCGGCCAGGGCCUCGAUGACUUCGAGGGCACUCUGCUGUCAGCAAAAAUCUCUCUCUCGCAACAAGGAGUUUUGGAGCAAGUGGAUCCCCCGGCGCGUGAAGCACAACGCCUUCGUGCUGAGCCUCUGGGCGUGCGUUUGGCUGCUGGGCACCUGGCCCCUGGGAAGGCCUCUGAGCGAGGGGUGGAGGUUCAUGCUCACCGUGUCCUUCUUCGCCCGGAUCGGCUUCUCAGCGGCCUGGAUGUUCAUCACCAACUUCACCCACUCCUUGCCUUGGAACGAGUUCCUGGCCAACGACCCCGGGCGCACCUGGCCCGUGCUGCACAACAUGAUAGCCCUGGUCCUGGGAGGGAAGCACCGCUGGAACGAGAUGCUUUUCCACGACGUCCACCACGCCUUCCCCAACGCGGUGGGCACUCUGAGCCAGCGGGGCCGCUUCCAUGGCUGGGAGAAGGUGCACGAUGCCGCGGCGCAGGUCUUGCACCGGGGGCUGUGGAAGGCCAACGGAGAUGAGGAGACGCAAAUGCAGAAAACGCAAAAGAAGCGCUCCAUGAUGAUGAAGCAGGGGAAGUGA